GCAUCAGCCUCUUAUGCAAAAUCGUCGCAUGAUGCGGAGGGCGAGGGAAGUGGUAUCGGUCUCACCUGACCACGUCUAACGAGAAUCCAUGAUGAAACUGCCUGUGACAGGGGAGAUUUACGUCGACGAUAGAAAAACAAAAGUUUCUAUCUACCUACGUACGACUAAAUCAAGAUGUACCGUUCCGCGGCGUCUAAGUACGAAAACCGCGUGGUCUAUCCAGGAAAAAACACCCACCCCCAUCCAAUUUGUCAUGCAAAAAAUGCAUAAACUCCAGUGUUUGCGAUGCAAAAAAUGGAUGGGGAUGGGUGUUUUUUCCUGGAUAUGGUCGCGAUGCACGAAGAUUCCACCGCUGGUGAAGACCACCACAACAACUACGAUAACAACAGCAUGAGAAAUAGCACCUCAACACCCAGGCCCCCCUUCGAUUUCGAGAAGGCCAACGCGGUGAUUCGGGCUUUUCUGCAGCGGCAUCCGAAAAUUCUCGGGCAGCCCGGGCCGGACCCGGACCACGAGAAGUGGAAAAAGCAAAAGCUGCACAAGGACCCAAUGAAUGACCUCCACAGAAAGCCCAUAUCCACAGUAAAUUUCCCGUACACGUACAAAUGCGGUCUCUGCAUGACAAAACUUGGCUUCGAUCCUAGUUUAGCGAUGACAAGUUAUUUUACGCUCCUAAUAUGGUGAAAUUUGUGAUGCCUCUUGUACGUGUACGGGGAAUUUGUAUUGCAUAGCCCACACACGUGCCCUACUACCCGCUAGUUAGUGCCAACACUGCCUACGAGGACGCUGGCACGUCGAACGGACUGAUUAUGCAGGUUAUGAAAGUGAACAACUCCCCCUCCCCCUCAUUUGUGUUGCAUGAACAGCAAGACAAUCACCAGCACACGUGGAGCCAAUGCAUGACAAAUUUGUGUGCCUAAUAUAGUACUGUUUGGCCUUCCGGAGUUUGUCAUGCAAACAGUGCUACAAGGCAGCGACUGGAUUUGGUUUUGCAUGACAAAUGAGGGGAGGGGGAGUUGUGCACUGUCAUACAGGUGGAGAUGCACGCACAAGUGGCGACGGUGCUUGCCGCCUUCGUCUUCGCCGCGCUGAUUGCGGAGUCUCCCUCCCAGCUUUACGAGGGGUCCGCGACGCCGACGCUCAAGUGCGAACUGUUUCGCGUGUCCGAGCUGGCGAUGAGCAUCGUGGACCAGGUGCGGGUCUUUUUCAUCGGUUGGAUCCUCUGCUCCUUCAUCGUCCUCUUGCUCUGCUUCCUCGGCCUGCAGGAGUACCUGACAACCCGCGCCGGGCGGAAAUAUUUCCGGGUUUGGUGCCCAACAUUGAACAGCCAGUGUCUGUGGUAUCCACCUGUGGUGCUGCAAAAGUAUCGCAAUCGUACUUCGACUUCUUCCUUGCGUCCAAUUCGAUACAGCAUCAACAGCAUUACAAGUCGCACCCUUCUACGUGUAGCUGAAGCUGCAGCAGGACAAGCUGCAUUCUUUGUCGUUCGCCAAGAAGAAGAGCAUCAACAUUGAAAUGAAAUAUACGCAAUUCAGUCCGCACGCUCGCAGUGCGUUGCAGUUUUUACUUUUGCCCCGACGCAGCUGCAUAUCUGGAUGGUAAACACCAUUCUCGUGUUUCUCCUCGUCGUCCCCUUGUAUGUCGUCAAAUACUUCGGGUUUUCGGUGAUCUUUUUCCUCACCUGUGCGAUAUCCUUCUACUGGAUCGCCACCCUGUUUAAGCACUUCGAGGCCUACACGGAUCUGGCCAGCUUGUUGAACAACAUCGAACUUGGCGUGGACUCGUCCGACCCGGAGAGUUCUUACCGCCCGGACGGCUGGUCGCACUCCGCGAUGGCACGGCACGUUUUCACCAAGAGGUUUCAGGACCGGCGAAAGGCACAGCAACACGACGCGGCGUGGUGGGAAAAGCAUGGAUGGGACGACGACGUGUGCGAUAAGGAUAACAUUGUGACGUUCUUUGACGCUAGAGACGGACAUGAUCAUGAACCAGGAGACAUGGCGAGAGGGGAGUGAUAGAUAGAACAGCUACACGACCGAGAAGCGGGUGGUAACGUACUAAAGCAAUUCUGCAGCUGCGCCUCUGGCGAGGAACUCGUGUCUACAUGCUUCCUUUUGCUUUCCCUUUCACGAGGACCAGGGUUGUUUUCUGGAUGCGAGUGCGAUCUGCAGCUCACGUCUAGCAGAAACGACAUCAACAUUCAAAUUUACUAGACACAGAAAAAGAACAUAAAAAGGAAGUUUCAAAAACAGUGAACG